AUGAUUCGGUCGUUCGGCAAGGCGAAACGCGCGAUUCGCGGCGAUGACGACGACGGCGACGUCCGCGCGAGCUGCGACGCCGUGACGCUGCUCGCGCUCGAGCGCACGUUUUACAGUUCGCUCAACUUUCUCGGCGUCAUGACGCUGACGGGCGUCGGAUUAACGGCCGUCGGCCGCGGCGGCAAGGUGCCGAUCGCGUUCGGGGCGAUCAUCUACGGAUCUUGCAUCUUGGCCGCGAUCGAGCUCGCGGUGCUGCACCGGAGGCGCGUGGACGCGUGCCGACGCGUCGACUUCGACGGCGACUUGCGCGUGGACGAUUCGAGGUCGAUCGUCGUGCUGUACGCGGCGUUGGUGCUGUUCACGUGUUCGGUGGAUUUGGUGUACGCGAUCGUGCAUCCCUUGCUCGAUCGCACGCAGGCCGUCAGCGUGCACUCGUGA